CCAAAACCGUCACCGCCGAGGAGCAAUCGCUCUCUGUCCGUCCGAUCGCCGCUGACAGCCGUCGUCCUCAAUGCACAUCAAGCAGAUAGCCAUCCAGGGCUUCAAGUCCUACCGUGACCAAACUCUUAUUGAGGAGUUUUCUCCCAGCCACAACGUCAUCGUCGGGCGCAAUGGAUCCGGAAAGAGCAAUUUCUUCUGGGCGAUCCGCUUUGUCCUCAGCGAUGCAUACAGCAACAUGACCAAGGAAGAACGGCAGUCGCUGCUCCACGAGGGCACAAGCGCCGUUAUGGCCGCCCACGUCGAAAUCAUCUUUGACAAUGCCGACAAUCGCUUUCCGACGGGAAGAGACACCGUUGUGCUCAGGCGCACAAUCGGUGCCAAGAAAGACGAAUACCAUCUCGACAAAAAAGUCGUUACCAAACAAGAUGUAAUGCAGCUGCUGGAAAGUGCCGGAUUCUCUCGAUCAAACCCAUACUACAUUGUCCCUCAGGGCCGGAUUACAAACCUUACCAAUGCCAAGGACUCGGAGCGCCUCAAUCUGCUCAAGGAAGUAGCUGGAACCAAAGUAUAUGAGCAGCGGCGACAAGAAAGCUUGAAAAUCAUCCAGGACACCGACCAGCGGCGCGCAAAAAUCGAUGACCUCAUGCAGGACAUCGAAACACGAAUGGCUGAGCUCGAAACGGAACGCGAGGAAUUGAAACAGUACCAAGAGCUGGACCGCGAGCGACGAUGUCUUGAAUAUACCGUCUACUCGCGAGAACAGGAGGAAAUCAACCACCAGAUUGCUUUGAACGAGAAAUCGAGAUCUAUCGAAUCCAUGUCCGCCAGUAGCCGUCAGCACCAAUACAACGAGCGCGAAAAGGAGAUUGCGGAAAUCGAACGACGCGUUCGCGGCUACCAACAACAAAUCGACCUGCUGGCAAUGGAGAAGCGGCAGCUUUCGGAAGCAAAGGAUGAACAGCUAAAGGCCAAAGCGCAAGUUGACCUGAUCGUCAAGGAUCUCGAGGAUGCUGUCAACAGUAACCAGUCCGAAAGUCACCAUCUACUGAACGAACUGGAGCAAGUUGAGCAACAAAUUGCCGAAAAGGAACAGGAACUUGAGGCGAUUGUCCCCAAAUACGACAGUAUCGUUGCAGAAGAGCGUCAUGCCAAAGCAAGACUCGAAGGGCUCGAGCUUGAGCGAAGUGCCCUCGUUGCAAAGCAGGGCCGUAAGGCUCAGUUCCGAACACAGGCUGAGCGUGAUCGGUGGAUAUCUGCCGAACUCAAGACGCUCAACGAAUCAAAAGCCCUCCAGCUCUCAGAUAAAUCAAGAACCGCUGAGGAAAGAUCCAAGCUGCAGAGCGAAGCCACAGCAAUCUCUGCCGAUAUUCGAUCGCUCCGCAAGGAUAUGGCCGACGGCAAGCAAGCGAUGGAGGUUAUCGAGCAGCGAUUUCAAAAGCUGCGCUCGCGUCGCAGCGAACAAGACGAGGCGAGAAAGGAACUGUGGCGAAAGGAUAACCUAGCAAGUGCCUCGCUCGAAGCCGGUCGCGACGAGCUGUCCAAGUACGAGCAGGGGUUGAUGUCAACGAUGGACCGCAACACCAGCGCGGGUAUUCAGGCCCUUCGUCGAGUCGUCGACAAGCUCCGGAUCAGUGGUGUUUACGGGCCACUAUACGAACUCUUUGAUGUCGAUGAGCAGUUCCGCACAGCCGUCGAAGUGAUUGCUGGUAACAGCCUGUUCCAUAUCGUCGUCGACACGGACGAGACCGCGACCCGCGUGCUGGAAGCGCUGAACAGGGAGCGCGUCGGUCGCCUCACCUUCAUGCCCCUGAAUCGGCUCAAGACCAAACCCGUCGAGUACCCGGUGUCUCACCACGCCAUACCGAUGAUCAGCAAGCUGCGAUUCGACCGCCUCUACGAGAAGGCGUUUCUGCAAGUCUUUGGAAAGGCCAUCAUCACAUCGACCCUCGAAGUCGGUGCAAGCUUUGCCAAGAGCCAUGGUCUGAACGCAGUUACCCUCGAUGGCGACCAAGCCGAUCGCAAAGGCGCUCUUCGUGGCGGCUAUCAUGACGUUCGCAAGUCUCGUCUUGAGUCGAUCGGGCUCAUCAAGCAGCUCAAGCGCGAGCUUGAGGACGAGGCCAAGAAGAGUGAGUCUAUCAAGCAAGAGCUUGCCCGCGUCGAUCAAGAGAUCACCCUCAUCCGUGACGAGUUGGGCCAGUGCGACGCCGAGCGAAAGGAGAUAUUGGACAAGCGCGAGCCCUUGACUGCCAGGCUGAGCAAGCUGAUCCGAGAUGAGGCUUCUCUAAAGGAAACCAUUCGAGAACUGGAGCUGUCCGAGGAAAGUAUCGCCUCGGGCAUGCGAGCGCUUGAGUCGCAAAUUGAGGCGUAUCAAACCGAGCUUCGGACAGUGCUGCAGCAGAAUCUCUCCGACGCAGAGUCGGCCCGGCUGGCCGAUCUGGGAAUCGAGCUUGACCACGCUCGUACUGAGCUCAACGGCAUCUCGGCCCAAAAGUCAGAGCUCGAGACACCCAAGGCCCUGUUAGAGAUCGCACUGAAUUCGAAUCUGAAGCGCCGCAGAGAAGCCAUCCAGACACAGCUCGAGGCAAUCGACUCUGGUGAUGGUGCAGACGAGAUUCAAGUUCGAACAGCCGAAAUCGAGACUCUCAACAAGGCAAUCAACAGGAUUCAGAAGCGCAGCGACGAGGUCGAGUCGGACUUUGAUCAGAUCGUGUCCAAGCAGCGCGAGGAGAGCCAGGCGCUCGAAAAGCUGAGACUCUCUCAAAUGGAGGACUAUCGUGGCAUCGAGCAGCAGCAUCGCGGCGUCGAAAAGUAUAUGCAACGCAAGGCGCUGCUGAUGAAGCGCAAGGAUGAGUGCGACAAGAAUCUGCGUGAGGUUGGCGUUCUGCCGGAAGGUCGACAAAAGUACGAAGACAUGGACACCAAGAAGCUUGUCAAGGCCCUGCACAAAGUCAAAGAGGAGCUCAAAAAGUACAGCCACGUCAACAAGAAGGCUUUUGAGCAGUACAGCAACUUUACCAAGCAGCGGGACGUGCUGGAGAACAGGAAGCACGAGCUGGAUGAGUCAUCGCAGUCGAUCAACAAUUUGAUCGAUGUCCUCGACCGGAGAAAGGACGAAGCCAUCAGCAGAACGUUCAAACAGGUGGCCAAGUACUUUGGUGAAGUUUGGGAGAAGCUCGUGCCUCAGGGUCGUGGCCGUCUCAUCAUGCUCAGACGAGCGGAUCUGAGCGAAGAAGAUAUCCAGGAUCUCGAGGAGGAAGAGGAAUCCGAGGGACUCUCUCAGCGGGCUUCCCAGACCCGCACCAGCGCUAUCGACCAAUUCGUCGGUGUUGGCAUCCAGGUCUCCUUCAGCUCGAAAACGGACGAGGGCCUCCGAAUGUCGCAGCUCUCGGGAGGGCAAAAGUCGCUGGUGGCGCUCGCGCUUAUCUUUGCUAUCCAGAAGUGCGACCCGGCGCCCUUCUAUCUGUUUGAUGAGAUUGACGCGGCUCUGGAUGCGCAAUACCGCACGGCUGUUGCCAACAUGGUCCAUGAACUCUCGGGCAAGGCCCAGUUCAUCACGACAACCUUCCGUCCAGAGCUCUUGGUCCACGCAGACAAGUAUUACGGCGUGACGUUCACCAACAAAGUUUCGCAAAUCCAGAUCCUCUCCAAGGACGAGGCCCAGGCCUUCGUCCAGGAAUGAGCGACUCUGCUCCUUCUGCUGCUCGAUUCUCCCCGCACCCCCUCCUCUCACCCACCAUGACGCAAUCCGAGCAUCCGCUCCCAGUGCCUUUGCAAAUACAUUGAAAUACUGCGAAUUCUGUUCGCUAGACAGAAUCACAGGCGCAGACCGCCCACUAGUUGGAAA